UGGUGAAGAUGGGAAACUGCAUCCAUGUUAUGAUGCCCACGUUUACAAACAAGCCCUCCCCACAUGACAACCGCGUACACGGAGAUGAAGUGGAAAACAGCAGGUUUGACGAUACUUCACCUUUCUCAUUCCUCAGACUCCAACCCACUUUGAUUCUGAAAGAUUUGACUGUUGUUUCCGGUCAGUCAGCUUGCCGAAGCAGUCAGAUUUCCGUCAUACUACUCAGAAUAAAAAUGGCAUCAGGAGAUGAGCUUCCAUCCCAUCUCGCUGUCGAUACCUCCAACGUUCACAUUCUUCACUCUGAGACCUCAAAAAGACUUGUCGAAAAUUUUGUAAUCGCUCUCAUGAACAAGGAGCGUUUCUACAUCCGCACAUUCUUUUCGACAUACAAAGCAUAUACCACUGCUGAAAGUGUGUUGUACAUCCUCCUGGACAAAUAUGGAAGCUUUGGCACCUCAGAGGCAGAAGAGAUUCCAGUUAUCGAUUCAGUGAGCACAAACAGCGGAAACAGUGAUAACAUUCCGAGCUGUGAGGAGCUUGCAAAUCCAGUGCCUGCAGAGACAGUUACAGAGAUCAGAAAGUCCAAAACCUUUGACAGCCCAAACUCUGAGAAAGAUGAAGAACCAAGUUCACCAAAAGCGACUGCAGAAAUCUCAAAUUUUGGAAAUGUUGACAGUGCAAAUGGUGAGGAAAAUGGAAGUUGUGGUUCUUCAGGAUCCAGCGAAAUAAUUGCUAAGUCCAAAACCUUUGACAGCCCAAACUCUGAUAAAGUUGAAGAACCAAGUUCACCGAAAGCGACUGCAGAAAUUUCAAAUUCUGGAAAUGUUGACAGUGCAAAUGGUGAGGAAAAUGGAAGUUGUGGUUCUUCAGGAUCCAGCGAAAUAAUUGCUAAAAAAGAGGAAGGAACAAUCCAGAAUAAUUUUGAUUUGGAGGAGGUCCAACUUCAAAAGGAGCAAGAAGGCGUUUGCAGCAACUGUGAAAGCGUUGAGUCUGAACACUGUCCGAAUACUGAUGAAAUUCAGAAUUUAAGUUCACCAGAAAAGGGAGCAACAGUCAAGAAAAGCAUAGACUUCAACAGAUCAAGCUUUCUAGAAGAAUAUAAUUUCAGUCCUGCAGAAAAGGAAACACUAAUGAAAAUUGCUAUACCUGAAAUUCUCGAAAUCUGGCUGGAGGAGUCUGCCGAAGACUUUCGUCAAGUUCCAACUUACUCUUGUCUCCGGAAGGUGCUUUCCUACUUGAACCAGACAGUGCCGGGGUCAGAUGCUGAACAUCGGGCCCAGAAACUCCUGAGUCGGUUUUUGGCGGAGGAAACAGCGGAGAAAGAGAUGUUCAAAGGCUACCGUAGAAGAGUUAGAUUCUAUAUUGGAGAAGAACACGACCAAACCAUUGAACAAGUUGACGAAAAGCUCCUGUCCUACCCAUCACGCUUCAUUGCAGAGCAGCUGACUUUUAUGGAUGCUGAUCUUUUUCGGAAACUUGUGCCCAGCCAAUGUUUAGGGUCCAUCUGGUCUCAACGAGGGAAGGAAGAAAAACAGCAUCUGGUAUCAACCGUCCAGGCCACCAUUACACAGUUCAAUAAUGUUACAAAAUGUGUCACCAGCACCAUAUUAAGACCUCAACAGCUGAAACCACGGCAGAGGGCUAAAAUCAUUGAGAAAUGGAUUGAUGUUGCCCAGGAAUGUAGGACUUUGCAGAAUUUCUCGUCAGUGCAUGCAAUUACCACGGCAUUGCAAUCGAAUAGUGUGUUCAAUUUGAAGAAGACUUGGGCAGCCGUAUCAAAGAGCAGUAAGAUAACAUUUGAAGACCUUUCAAAUAAUGAAGAAGAUAACUUUAUAGCAAGUAGAGAGCUGCUAAUGGAGCUCCUCUGAACUCGAGAAAUCGCCAAAGCCCAAAAAGAGUGUGUUGAAGCGCCUCAGCUGCCUGUUUUCAAGGAGAGGUGUUAAAGUACACAGCGCUCCAACUAAAAGCUCUGAGCAGCCAGCAUCCCUUCGGAAUGAGGAUUCAGACGAGAGCAUUACCUCAGCCAGACACUUGGAAAUGG